AUGCGGUUGCUAGAACUAGAAGAUCGGCAUCGCAACGACACUGGAUUGCAUGAUGACAACUCCACAUCAGCCAUAACAAACUGCACUGUAUGCAGUUUACUGGUGAGUCCAACUGAUUGGGCUGUAUCGAUGCCAGCUCAGUUGCCCAGAGAUGGAGCUAAGGCCCCAUCUGGAGAUGGAAGUUGGCCAACAUCGCGGGGCCGCAGGCUCGUAGGAAGAGAAAUGUGUGGAGGAAUAGGAGAAAAGAGAAUACGCAUAUACAAUAAGGCUGAGCAACAACGCAUUAGGCAAUAA